AUGGUGAAAAGAACUAUCGUUGCACUAGCCGAACAAACAGGCAGAAUCUCAAAGACUAUCCCUCCUUUCAAACUAGGUUAUAAAAAUAUGUUAAAGGAUCCAUCUGUAAAAUACAGAGCAUUUCCUGCUCCAAAGAUGACCGAAAGAAAAUGGCCUAAUAACACCAUUACAAAGGCUCCACGUUGGUUAUCUACCGAUUUAAGAGAUGGUAAUCAAUCUCUACCUGAUCCAAUGACUGUGGAACAGAAGAAAGAAUAUUUCCAUAAAUUGGUAGAGAUCGGUUUUAAAGAAAUAGAAGUCGCAUUUCCUUCUGCUUCUCAAACAGAUUUCGAUUUCACACGAUAUGCCGUGGAAAAUGCUCCUGAAGAUGUCACAAUUCAAGCUUUAGUACAAUCUCGUGAACAUCUAAUUAAGAGAACAGUAGAAUCUUUACAUGGUGCUAAAAGGGCCACUAUACAUACAUAUCUUGCCACUAGUGAUAUGUUCCGUGAAAUAGUGUUUAGUAUGUCCCAAGAAGAAGCCAUCUCCAAGGCAGUCGAAGCAACUAAAUUAGUAAGGAAAUUGACUAAAGAUGAUCCAUCACAACAAGCUACACAUUGGUCAUACGAAUUCUCUCCAGAAUGUUUUAGUGACACUCCAACAGAAUUUGCAGUAAAAAUCUGUGAAGCUGUUAAGGCUGCAUGGGAACCUACUGUUGAUAACCCAAUUAUCUUUAACUUACCUGCUACUGUCGAGCAAGCUACCCCUAACAUCUACGCUGAUCAAAUCGAAUAUUUUGCUACUCAUAUCUCCGAACGUGAAAAAGUUUGUAUCUCAACGCAUUGUCACAACGAUAGAGGUUGCGCCGUUGCCGCUACAGAAUUAGGUAUCCUCGCUGGUGCUGAUCGUGUUGAAGGUUGUGUCUUUGGUAAUGGUGAACGUACAGGUAAUGUUGACUUGGUCACAGUGGCCUUAAACAUGUAUACCCAAGGUGUCACUCCAAACUUGGAUUUCUCCGAUAUUACAUCUAUUGUCGAGGUCUCUGAACGUUGUAACAAGAUCCCAGUGUCUCCAAGAGCUCCAUACGGUGGUGACUUGGUCGUAUGUGCAUUCUCUGGUUCUCACCAGGACGCUAUUAAGAAAGGUUUCGCUUUACAAGAAAAGAAGAGAAAGAAUGGCGACCAUCAAUGGAAAAUUCCAUAUCUACCACUGGAUCCAAAGGAUAUCGGUAGAGAUUAUGAGGCUGUCAUUAGAGUUAACUCCCAAUCUGGUAAGGGUGGCGCUGCUUGGAUCAUUCUAAGAUCUCUAGGUCUAGAUGUCCCAAGAAACAUGCAAAUCGACUUCUCCUCUGCAGUUCAAAACAGUGCAGAUGAAUUAGGUAGAGAACUAAGAGCAGAAGAGAUUACAAACUUAUUCAAGGAAACUUACAACUAUAACAAUGAAUCUCACAGAUACAUUACUUUGCUAAAUUAUAACGUUGAAAGAAAGGAUAACGAACGCAGAGUUCUAACAGGUCAAGUUGAAAUCAACGAUGUUGUCGUCCCAAUUAACGGUGUUGGUAACGGUCCAGUGUCCUCCAUUGUCGAUGCUCUAUCCAACUUAGUUGGUUUCAAACUAUCUGUUGAACAUUACUCUGAACAUGCUAUUGGUUCUGGUACCUCUACUAAGGCUGCUUCUUUCGUCCAAUUACGUUACCUACGUGACGAGGACAAUGGUGCUGCUUUCAAGUGGGGUGUUGGUCUAGCUGAUGAUGUUGGUGAUUCUUCUGUCCAAGCUAUUCUAGCCACCUUAAACAAUGUCAUUGAAAGUGGUGAAAUCCCAGUUCCAAACGUGGCUAAAAAGGCUAAGGCUUCUGCUUAG